CUGUAUCUCGCGGGAUUCUCAUUCCUCACCCUCUCCGCCAUGUUGGCAGGAGUCCGAUGGCAGAACGUGUUUGUUUACGUGUGUUGUGAACUCGGUAUUAGAGGAGGUUCUCGCAAAUCCGCACUGCUUCACCAUGCCUGGAAGUCACUGCUGCGUUAACAAGUGCUCCAGUACUUCACACGAUAGAUAUGGAAAACAUAGGAACAACGGAAUACAGUUUUUUAGGUUACCUAAAUGGAUACAGCAUCAGGGAAAGCAAAUGUCUGACCUGACGAGGAGACGCCGGAUUGCUUGGUUAGCUGCAAUAAGAAGAAAGGACUUUACUUUCGAUUUCGUUCCCCAGUCGAUGAGAGUGUGUUCUCUGCAUUUUCACUCGGGUAAACCAUCAUAUCAGAUGUUGGAGAACCACCCUGACUGGACACCAUCCCUGCUGUUAGGCCACAAUGAUGUUAAAGAAACAAAUGUAGCGAGAUAUCAGCGGCAAGUAAAGCGCAGGACCCAGCAUCUGGAGCGGCCGCCACUGCCAGUCCAGGACCAGCAGUCACCACUGCCAGCCCAGGACCACCAACAGUCGCUACCGCCAGCCCAGUACCAGCAGUCGCCAUCGCCAGGCCAGUACCAGCGGCCGCUAUCGCCAGACCAGUGCCAGCAGUCGCCAUCGCCAGACCAGUACCAGCGGCCGCUAUCGCCAGACCAGUGCCAGCAGUCGCCAUCGCCAGACCAGUACCAGCGGCCGCUAUCGCCAGACCAGGACCAGCAGUCACCAUCGCCAGACCAGGACCAGCGGUCGCCAUCGCCAGCCCAGUACCAGCAGCAAUUGCCAUCCCCAGCCCAGGACCAGCAGCCGCCAUCGCCACCGGCAGCUCGAGACAUGGAAUGUGGACUCUGCAUAUGUAGAAGAGAUGUCAUUAAAAAUCUUUUGGAAGAAAACAGAGCGCUUAAGCAGGAGCUUGAUGAGUACCGGAUAAAUGAGAACUUUCUGAAUGGUGAUGAUAACACAGUGAAGUAUUACACGGGGCUUCCAAACUUUGCGUUGUUCCAGACACUCUUAGUCAACCUCACUCCAUAUCUGUCUCAAAGUAGGAUGAAGACGCUCUCACCCUUCCAGCUUGUCCUAUUGACUUUAAUGCGCCUCAGACUUGACCUUCCAAUACAGCUCCUCAGCUAUCUGUUUAGAGUACAUGAGACAACAGUCGCCGAUGCCUUUCACCAUACUCUUGGAGUGAUGUACGCACAGCUGUGUCCAUUGGUGCACUGGCCAAGCAGGGAAUGCUUAUUUACCAGUAUGCCACACCAGUUUGUGGAGUCAUUUGGGGAAAAUGUGGUUGCCAUUGUGGACUGCUUUGAGGUGUUCAUCGAGAAACCCUCAAAUGAAUUGGCAAGGGCACAGACUUUCUCUCAACACAAACAAGCAUACACCAUGAAAUACCUAAUUGUGAUCAUGCCCCAGGGUGUCAUUUCCUUCAUAUCGAAAGGGUGGGGUGGGCGCACAAGUGACAAGCAUAUAACUGAGCAAAGUGGUUUCCUGGACCAACUGUUACCAGGUGACAUUGUGCUGGCAAAUAGGGGCUUUAAUAUAAGAGAAAGUGUGGGCAUGAUGUGUGCUGAAGUGAAAACACCUACAGUCUCAAACGGUCAUGCAGAGCUGGAGGUGAAAGAUGUGGAGGAGACUAGGGCUAUAGCACAUCUCAGAAUUCACGUUGAGAGGGUGAUUAGUGUUGUGCACAACAAAUUCAAAAUUUUACACUCUACUGUACCUGUGCACUUGCUUGUCAAAUGUGAGGGUGAAAACCUAAUGUCUUUAGAUAAGAUUGUCACUGUUUGCUGUGCCUUAACGAACAUGUGCAAAAGUGUUGUUUGAGGGCCUUGUUCAAUUUCUUUGAAAUAAAUGCUUGAAACAACUUGA